AUGGCGAAGCUGAACUUGUGUGUCUUGUUUGUCGCGGCUGCGCAAAUCCACAGCGUGACGCCCGUGCUUCACACGCUCAAGUAUUUCACGACAGCAUCGUCUCAAAUUCCAAACAUCCCAGACUACUUUGAUGUCGGUUAUGUUGACGACGUUCCGAUUUCGCGCUACGACAGCAAGAGCAGGAAAACAAAACCCAAACAGGACUGGAUGAACAAAAUCACAGCAGAUGAUCCUCACUACUGGGAGAGAGACACACAGAUCAGUAUUGCUGAUGAGCAGGUCAACAAAGUCAGCAUCGAAACUGCCAAAGAGCGCUUCAACCAAACUGGAGGUGUUCACAUGAUCCAGGUGAUGUUCGGCUGCGAAUGGGACGACGAGACCGAUGAGGUUGAUGGUUGGCGACACUACAGUUACGAUGGAGAAGCCUUCAUCUCGUUGGAGGUGAAGACAAUGAGAUGGAUCGCAGCUCACCCACAAGCUUUCGUCACCAAACUCAAGUGGGACCGGAACGAACUUUUGAAUCUAAACCAGAAGCACUACUACACUGAGAUUUGUCCUUCUUACUUGAAGAAGUAUUUGACCAAUGGGAGGGACUUCCUGAUGAGAACAGAGCUUCCCACGGUGUCUCUCCUCCAGAAGACGCCGUCCUCUCCGGUCACCUGCCACGCGACGGGUUUCUACCCCAGCGCGGCCGCCCUGUUUUGGAGGAAGGACGGCGAGGAGCUCCACGAGGACGCGGAGACGGGAGAGACCCUCCGCAACCACGACGGAACCUUCCAGAUGACGGCCGACCUGAAAGCGGAGGUGACCGAUGAAGCCGAGGGCCGCUACGAAUGCGUGUUCCAGCUGUCCGGCGUGGCGGACGACAUCGUCGUCAAGCUGGAGAGAAGAAGCAUCCGGAGCAACGCGCGCAUCCGAGAGGAAGAAAAGAGGAAGAUGGCGCUGGCCGUCGCUGUCCCGCUGGCGGUCCUCGCUCUGGCGGCGGCGGCGGUCGCGGUCCUCGUCAAGCUUUACAAAAGCAGACGAGCCAAAUACGAUCCAGCUUCCGUCGACGCCGAUUCCGAGCCCGCCUCCGAGCCCGCCGCCCCGACGCCCGCUUCCGAUUCGGGCAACCGCGGCGCCCGCCAGGCGGCGUCCUCGCCAGUUCGCGUUUCGCCAACGAAGAAGAACGCAAACAAGAUGGAGACGGUGCCCGUCGCAGUCAAGAUACGUCAUUCGUUUCGCUAA